UGUGUGAACAGACAGCUGCUGCGGUUCGGCUUCAGAGAGACGUGUCGUUUUUUGUUUUGUUUUCAGUCGCUUAGUUUGGAUCAGAAACGACAUUGGAUGGUUCCCUUUCCUCUUUGUUUUACCUUUGCAAUCCAGGUGGACUCGCAUUAUUAUGUUUUUCAACCUAAAGUCAUGGAGUGUGCGCUAUCGUGGGGCAGAAAGGGGCUUUUAAAUCUAUCUUUGCCACACUCCAUCGACUGAUCUUCAUCACAUACCAUACAGAGGUUGGAUUUUAUUUAAAACCUGUUUUCUAAUUACUUCGGAUUUCAAAGUGAUCUCGGAUACGUUAAAAGCGUAUUGGUCUUUGGGGCUGCAAACAAUUAAAAAUACUUUUCACUUAUUGUUUUUUUAAAAGCAAAACAAUGGAGGCUGUUAUUGAAAAAGAGUGCAGUGCUCUUGGUGGACUUUUUCAGAUCAUUAUCACAGACAUGAAGAGCAGUUAUCCGAUUUGGGAGGACUUCGUCAGCAAAGCUGUGAAGCUGCAGUCUCAGCUCAGGACAACCGUUGUUGCAGUCGCUGCAUUCCUGGAUGCCUUUCAGAAAGUGGCUGACCUGGCCACCAGCACACGAGGUGGUACCAGAGACAUCGGUUCAGCUCUCACCAGGAUGUGUAUGAGACACAGAAGCAUUGAAGCCAAGCUCCGGCAGUUUUCAGUGGCCUUCAUCGAGUGUCUGAUAAACCCUCUACAGGAGCAGAUGGAGGAAUGGAAGCGAGGGGCAAACACACUUGAUAAAGACCACGCUAAAGAAUAUAAGAAGGCUAGACAGGAGAUCAAGAAGAAAUCUUCAGACACCCUUAAACUGCAGAAGAAAGCAAAGAAAGGGAGAGGAGACAUCCAGCCACAGCUGGACAGUGCCAUGCAGGAUGUCAGUGAUAAAUACCUGCUGCUGGAGGAGACGGAGAAGCAGGCGGUCAGGAAGGCUCUGAUCGAGGAGAGGGGACGAUUCUGUUCCUUUGUAUCUAUGCUUAAACCUGUGGUGGAUGAGGAAAUGUCUAUGCUGGGAGAGAUCGUCCACUUGCAGACCAUUGCUGAUGACCUGAAGUCUUUGACCAUGGACCCCCACAAACUGCCACCGGCAAGCGAGCAGGUCAUACACGAUCUGAAAGGUUCCGACUACACCUGGUCCUAUCAGACUCCUCCAUCCUCUCCCAGUACCACUACAUCCAGGAAAUCUAGUAUGUGCAGUCUGAACAGUGUGAACAGUAGUGACUCCAGAUCCAGUGGGUCGCAUUCUCACUCCCCUUCUCCACACUAUCGCUAUCGCAGCUCAACACUGCCCCAGCAGGCCCCUGCACGCCUCUCCAGUAUCUCUUCACAUGAUUCUGGCUUCAUCUCGCAAGAUGCCUUCCAGUCCAAGUCACCGUCCCCCAUGCCCUCUGAAUCGGUUCCACAGGCUACCUCCAGCUCUGCCUCCUCUGAUGGUUCUGAGACCUGUCAAUCAAUCAGCGAGUGCAGUUCUCCCAGUUCCAUUGGCUCAGGUGGAGACACUGCCUGCUCAGAGAAGUUAUCAAAUGGCUACGAUCAUUACGGGCUGGGAGAGUCAUCGCACCUGAGCGGAGGGGGUACAGGAGGGGUUUUUCCUUUCUUUCCCCCUCCCUCCUCCAUGUCCUCUUCCUCUUCCUCCACAUUGCGCUCAUGGUCACGCCCGGGCUCAAGUCUCCUGUCCGAUUACCCCCAUUAUUGCACUCUGGGCCCAGGCAUGAUCCCUUCCUCCAAAGUCCCCAGCUGGAAGGACUGGGCUAAACCAGGUCCUUAUGAUCAGCCUAUGGUGAACACACUAAGGAGGAAAAAGGAACCAAAGGAAGCAGUGGACACAAAUGGUAGUCCAAAUGGCACUGUCCCCUCCUCUCAGCCAAUCACGGGCAAUUCUCCUCCUGAAGACGCCCAGGGAGCGAGGUGUAUGACUGCCGCACCAAAGCUGGAGGACAUGGAAGCUCAUGAGGAGCUGGCACUGGCUCUGUCCCACGGGCUGCAUUUGGAAACUCAGCGCUCCAGUAGAGACUCUCUGCAGUGCUCCAGUGGCUACAGCACUCAGACAACAACACCCUGCUGCUCAGAAGACACCAUUCCCUCCCAGGUGUCUGAUUACGACUAUUUUUCGGUGAGUGGUGAUCCAGAUGGCGAUGAUUUUGACAAGUCAUCAACCAUCCCCCGCAACAGUGACAUCAGCCAGUCCUACCGCAAGAUGUUUCAGGCCAAGCGUCCAGCUUCCACAGCUGGUCUUCCCUCCACGCCCGGCCCUGUCAUCAUCACUCCCGGAGUGGCUACAAUCCGCCGCACACCCUCUACCAAACCCUCCGUCCGUAGGGCUACCAUGGGCAUUGGCCCUAUUCCCAUCAAAACCCCAGUCAUCCCAGUGAAGACACCCACUGUGCCAGAUCUUCCAGGCGGGUUCUCCUGCCCACAAGGGGGCAGCAGUGAAGAAGGCGUGGAACCAGCCAACCCUGACUCAACCAUACUAGGAGAAGACGUUGAGCCGGUGGGCAUCCUGCCAGUGGCGUCCUGGAGUGGGCAGGCCUCCACUAACCCUCCUUUUCAGCCUAGAGGUUUGGAUGGACUUGAAGAAGACCCAGAAGACUUGGACUCUGCAGACCCGCAGUGCGACUCCAUGCUUCUGGCCAUCCGUAGAGGAGUCAAGCUAAAGAAAACCAUGACCAAUGACCGAUCUGCGCCACGCAUUGCGUGAUAGAGCACAAAGAGCCCUUAAGACUUAAGUAACAUGUAGUAAUACUGUGUAAAGACUGUUUUUAGAUUGUUGUUGAGCCUUAAUAGCGGGGCCGGAGAGGACACUCAAGCUUGUUCGGUAACAAUGCAGAUAAACUUACAUCUGUUUAUGUUGGUACAAGCUGUGCGUGUGGGUUGUGAUUUGAUCUUGUUCAUGCCACAGACUUAUUUUAAAGGAAUAUUCCAGGUUCAAUACAAUUUAAGCUCAAUCGACAGCAUUUGUUGCAUAAUGUUGAACUUAUUAUUUUGAAUCGUCAGUCAUUUACAAAAUAAUAAAAAACAAGAAUGGUGGUUACAGUAAGGAAUUACAAUGGAAGUGAGUGGUGAAAUACAAACCGUUUUUAUAUGUAAACAUGUUAACAUGGUUUUAGUGUGAUAAAAUCACCUUACAUCGUCAUGGCAACAAAGUUGUAAUAUUGGUUGAAACUUUAAACUUAUAAGGUUUGUAAGCAAUUUUAUCACACUAACGUUUGGGUGGCUAUAUUUUUUAAAUAGUGACUAUGUUAACAUUUAUGGACUGGCCCCAUUCACUUCCAUUGUAACUGCCUUAUUUUAACCACCAUUUUUAAUCAACAUUAUGCCACAAAUGCUGUCGAUUGAGCUUAACUUGUAUUGAACCUGGAAUAUUCCUUUAAUAGUCAACCUGACCUGACUUAUCACCUCAUCAUGUCCCAUUGUGUUGCUAUGAGAGGUUAAAAGAGUCCUUUUGUCACAAUGUAAAGAGUUUUAUUUACUUUUCUGUUUGCGUUCCAGUGCUAUUAUGUUCUGCGAUUUUAGUUUUAUCAUUUAUAUUUUAAUGUAUAAUAAGCAUGUAGCCUUACCUUGGUAACUUCAGUUGAUUUAGACUUCAGUUGAUGGUCAACUUAAUCUACAAAAAUAAUAUGUUUAUCUUGUUUAUUCUUAGUUACAGCAUUAAUUAUAAUUCUUUCGAUUAUUAAUUCCCAUAUUGGAUAUACUUUAAUUUUAAGCUUGAGCAGAAAAAAGUACUUUUAUCUAUUUGUAUGAAAAUGUAAAUAUCAACAGAGGAAACCACAGAUUUAAUUUAUUUCUCUUCAGCACUCUCUGCUUUAAUCCUUAACCAGAUAAGCUUUCAUUUAUGCGGUGCAUGAUUAUUUUGUAUAUUAUGUUAAUAUAGAACAAGGUUAAUUAUUUGACAAAAGCACACGUGAUUGUUAGACUUCUUGUUUCCAUAUAACAGAACACAUGAACGUCUCUCCCUGUGGCAAAUCUCAGUUUGUUAGGUUUGUGGAGCAACUAAAUGCUGAUGCAAGCAAUUAUACUAGCAGAGCUGUGAUAGUAAGCCAUAUACUCAGUUAAUUAGGGAGGCAGUGGUUAAUGUUCGGUGUGGUGCCCUUUAUGUAUUUCCAGUUAAAUACUUUUUGUUCACGCAUGGCACAGUAUAUCUGCGUACAUGUUUAAAAAUGGCAUACUAGGCCUGCAAACCUGUCAUAAAGUCAUGCUCUUUAAGGCAAAGAACAUUACCAGUACAUGAUAAUAUGAUGUAGCAUGUCUGUAUCAUCUACAUCCAGCAAGAGUCAAUGCUGUGUUCAAGUGACUCAUUUUCAUGACAAAUUGACAAACUGGCAGCUGCCAGUCCUAGUAUAAGCACAUUAGAGUGAGGUGAGAUGGAUUUGUUAAUAGUAUGACUUAAGUCCUUAAUCAUUUCGGUCUUUUUUUGAUCCCCAAACCAUCUUAAUAGCAUUCAACAUACUUUUUACCUCCUUUAUUUAAUUCAAGACUUAUUGGAGUGCAGUGGAGCAAGUUUAGAAAAUCACAUCCUCUGUGAUGUACAUUUGAAUGUUUCAGGUUUUUUAUUAUUGUUGUUGGUGCUUUUUUUUCUGUUGUAUAAAUUAUUUUUUAUUUCAUAAUCCAGUUGAGGCCAAAAGGUACACUGAGGGGGUGAAAAAAAGCACACCAUACAGGUAGAAGACAAAUUAUUCAGGGGUAGCACAAAUAAUUUGUAGCCCUUUUUCAUUUCAUUAUAUUUUGUUAUUUUAAUUUGAGUAUUAUUGUACAGAAUCCUAAAAUGAUGUAAGAUAGUCAUAAUGAGUCAUAAGUUGAUUAUCAAAUUGACACUUUUUUGACAAAGGGAGAGAUUAGAAUUAUUUCCUGUGUGGACCAGCUUUAGUAAUAUUGUCUCAAUACAAUAGUGUGCAAUUGUGAAAUUAGUAUCAAAUUAGCAGAUGCUUAACCUGCAUAUGAUCUCGAUACACAAUGUUUUAAUAUUGUCCAUGUAAAAACGUUUAGUUCUAACCAGCCUUUAUUUUAGAUGACAACUAUCUAGAUAUUUAAUUUCACAGUAUUUCUAGAUAGUCUUUUUUUUUUAAGCUGCCAAAAUGUGUGUAAGCCGAUUGCUAACAAAAAAAUAAAUAAAAAAUCUGGCUUAUUGUAAAGGCUGAUAUCUAGUAUAUGUUUGGUACUAGAAACAAACAAAACCUUAGUAUGAGUAGUUUGUGUUGAGAGUUGAUCUCAACACUGUGCUGUUUAUAAAAUCACUUUCUGUAUGCUUUUCUCUGUAUAAUUACUGCUGAAUACAUUAAAUAUAAAUUAGUUAUUGAAUGAUUUGAAUUAUUA